AUGUGUGUAACAGCUAGGGAUGUUUGUCCGCACUCCGCAGUGCAACUCGCUUUUUUCUCUCUCUUCAAAAACAUAAACAACCAGCCGGCACGACAGAGGCUUCUUCAUCUUCACUUCUGAACUGUUUCCGCACACACACACUCUCUCUCACUCUUUCUCUCUCUAAAAUCCCCCUCCCUCUACCAUUUUCUUGAGAGAGAAAGAGGAGAGGGAAAGAUCAAAGAUGGAGAAGGCACUGACCAAAGUAGGGAGCAUAAAGUCAGCAGCAGGAAGCUUCUGGAUUACUAAGAAGGCCAAGGAAGAACUCAUUGACAUCUCCCAAGACCUCUCUGCAGUUUCAAAUGUAGUAGAAGAGAAGGCAAAAUGGUUAUUCAACAAAUUAAAGGGAAAGCCAUCAAAAAGCUUACCGGAACUUUUGAGAGAAUACAACUUACCAGCAGGUCUGUUUCCAGAGAACAUAACUUGUUUCGAAUUUGAUGAGACAAAAGCAAAGCUAAUAGUAUAUUUAGCAAACCCUUGCGAGGUGAGUUAUAAGGACUCAACAGUUAUGAGAUACGCUACACGGGUGAAAGCGAUCUUACUAAGAGGUAAGAUAAUGGGCAUCGAAGGAAUAAAGACAAAGGUGUUAGUAUGGGUUAAGGUUGCAAGUAUGGGUGUUGAAGGCUCUAAAUCUGAUAAACUAUGGAUCACAGCAGGAGUGAAGAAAUCUAGACCUAGAGAUGCUUAUGAUACGCCUCAUAUUGCUCGUAGAAUACAAGACUUUUGAGCUUGUUAAAUUCUUCAAUCCCCCUGCCAUUCUACCAAUUGUUGCUGCUUCAAAGAAAUUACUUGUAUCAAAUUAUUAAUAUAUCAUCAUGUUUCCAAUAUCUCA